CCUCUUUAGAAUAUGUUCGAAAGAUUUAGUCUUCGUUUGUACUCAAAUGUGUUUCGUUAAAUUGCGUGGAGUCAUUAAUUUAAUCGGACGAUAAUUCAUUGAAAAUAUACGUAUAUAUAUAUUUAUAUAUAUAUAUAUAUAUACGUAUAUCUAAUUGAAAAGUAUUUGUAUACGAUUAAUGAUAGAAAAAAAAGUAUAAUUAAAUAUCUGUGAUAACAAUGACAUACUUAAAUUCAUGGGAGGAAUUUGAAAAGGGUGCGGAGAGGUUAUAUCUUCAAAAUCCAAUGAAAGCCAGAUAUUCAAUGAAAUAUUGCCAUAAUAAAGGUGUUUUAUGGCUGAAACUUACAGACAAUUGUACAUGUCUACAAUAUAAGACAGAAAUAGCUCAAGAUUUGAAGAAAAUGGAAAAAUUUAUAGGAAAUCUUAUGAGGCAUAUGGCAUCGAAAGACAGUUGAAGAGAGUGAAAGAGGAAGGUUAUUAUAAUAAUAAUAAGAAUAUCAUUUUAAAUAAUAUAAAUAAUAUGUAAACACACAGUGCAUUCAUCAGUUUAGCGAACUUUUUAUGUGUCAUAUAUAUAUAUAUAUAUAUAUAUAUCAUAAAGAUUCAGUUGACUGGUUACCUAACGAUUAUAAAGAUAUUUAAUUUCAUGAGGUAUAAAAAUUUUCUUAAAUAUACAAUAUGUGCAUAAACUUCGGCUUGAGAAUUUUAAUUAAAGCUUCAUGCUCAUUUCUGGUGGCUCCUUUGCCUCCUUGUCAAGGUUCUGCAAAAGAAAAAGAAAGAAAGAAAGAAAGAAAGGGAAAAAAAAAAUAAAAAAAAAAAAUGAGAGAAAGAAAAAUACUAUAUGCAAAUAUACGUACAUACAUAUACAUAUACAUAUACAUACAUACAUAUAUAUAUAUAUAUAUAUAUUUUUUUUUUCUUUUUUAUUUUCUUUAAUAGAUAGGUAACUAAUUUAAUUACAUUCAACAGUACACAAUGCAAUAGAUUAUUAAUAAAGCUAAAUUCAGAUAGAGAGUAAGCAUGAAGCAAGCACUUACGAUAUAAUUGGCUGAAGAACAGCAUCCAGAGUAGUGUCAACAGGAGGGUAGAUGUCUUGAUUCGAAGAUAGUUCGUAGUGCACCUCUCCCCCUAAUUGCAAUUGCGUCUAUACCAAAGAAAACUAUUUUACUAUAUCUACUACAAAAGGUAUAAAGAUGAAAUAUCUGAACGUCUACGUAGUAAUAUUAGUAUUAAUAUUAUGGGGAUGAUUAUAAUGAAAAAUAAGUAGCGAAGCUAGAAAAUGUUUUUUUUUUUCUUUUUUUUUCUUUUUUUUUUUUUUUUUUUUUUUUUUUUGCCACCGAAACCGUGAGUAAUAACUAAAAUAUUCCCUGAUGUGCAUAAGAUGUGCAUAUAUUAAUUAAUCUAUUAUAAUUAAAUUUAGUAUACUAUAUGGAUAUAUAUAUAUAUAAAUAUGUGUCCACCUUUUUAAUAAGCGAUAAAGCCCGAAACUAUCUACAUUGAAGCGCAAAAGAGUGCUGCCCAUUUUUAUUACGCAUUAGAAAUUAAUUACGCAAGAAAGCAAAAGAAACUUGAAACUUUUUUUUUUUUUUUUUUUUUCGUACUUCUUUAUCCUAUCCCUUAUUAAUUAUAUUUGAAAGAGAUAUUACAAAAAACUUUCACACGUUAUUUUGCAGAACACAAUGGGUCAUAAAGACUGAAGAUAUAUAUCAUUAGGCAUAAGAAACAAAAAUUGUUAUAUAUA